AUGAGUCACCACGAGGAUCAACACUCCAAUGGCUCGGACACAGACGUGGAGAAGCAAGAUUCGAACGAUGGUAACAGUCGUUCUCCUGACGAAACCCGGAGGCCCCCUCUCCAGAAAGCGGAAGCAGGACAAAACAAUGUUGAAUUGAAGCACUGGGAAUGCUACGACAAGACCGGAUAUGCCUUCCCUUGGUGGAAGAGAUGGGCCAUUAUCUCAGUCAUCUUUGCGGUCCAGACAUCCAUGAACUUCAACGCCGGUUUUUACUCUAGCAGCGUCAGCCUGUAUGCAAAACACUUCAGUAUCAGCGAGCAAGCCGCGCGAAUUGGCCAAAUGGGCUUCCUCGUUGCGUACGCCUUUGGCUGCGAGUUCUGGGCGCCUUUCAGCGAAGAAUUUGGUCGAUGGCCAAUCAUGCAGCUCAGCUUGCUCUUCGUCAACAUCUGGCAAAUACCUUGUGCACUAGCCCCCAACUUUGGCACUAUAAUCGUAUGUCGCAUUCUCGGUGGUUUAUCGUCUGCCGGUGGCUCCGUGACACUGGGUAUGGUCGCCGAUAUGUGGGAGCCAGAAGACCAGCAAUACGCUGUGGCCUUCAUUGUGCUAUCUUCAGUGACAGGAUCGGUGAUUGCACCCGUUGUCGGUGGUUUCGUGGCGACUUUCCUUUCCUGGCGGUGGAACUUCUGGAUCCAGCUGAUUCUUGGUGGAUUUGUGCAAAUCUUGCAUUUCUUUGUUCCGGAGACCAGAUGCAGCGUUCUUAUUACGAGAGAGGCGAGGCGGAGGCGGAAGAAUGGGGAGAUGGUAUGGAGCGGUGAUGAGUUGAAGAAAACGCGUAUGUCUUUCCGCUGGGUGUUCAUGGUUUGGGUACGGCCUUUCAUCAUGUUCGUGCGUGAGCCGAUUGUGCUGUGUCUCUCGCUGCUCAGCGGCUUCAGUGAUUCUCUGAUUUUUACUUUCCUUCAAUCAUAUACCCCGGUGUAUAAGCAGUGGCAUUUCACCACCAUUACCACUGGACUUGCUUUCCUUCCACUGAUGGUGGGAUACUUGAUGGCCUAUUUCUCAUUCAUUCCUUGGAUUCACCGACAUUGUCGAAUCAGAGAAAAGGACCCUGAUGGCCUUCUACCAGAGGCUCGUCUUUACUGGUUGCUAUACGUGGCACCCCUGUUGUCAAUUGGUCUAUUUGGAUUUGCAUGGACGAGUCUCGGUCCACCUCAUGUCCACUGGAUCGCACCCAUGAUAUUCUCGGCUUUGAUUGCUAUUGCCAACUACACCAUUUACAUGGCCACGGUCGACUACAUGAUAGCGGCUUAUGGGCCAUAUGCCGCCUCAGCAACAGGAGGAAACGGCUUCGCUCGUGAUUUCCUGGCCGGCAUUGCAGCAAUGUAUUCCGUACCCAUGUACACGCACAUGGGCACAAAGCAUCAUCUCGAAUGGCCGUCAACAUUCCUAGGGUUCAUGGCGAUCCUCUUCACCAUCCCGAUCUAUGUUUUCUACUGGAAGGGUCCUCAAAUCCGUGACAACUCGCCAUUCGCACAGACCUUGGCUGCCGACAGAAAGGCUGCUGGCCGCAGAGUUUCUUCUUGUGGCUCUGGCGAUCCGGACCCUGUCGAGCGGUAUUUGUCUCAAUCUUCGGAUGAAUCUCGAAGAAAUAGGACUCGAGCCCAGGUCUAG